CAAAAAGGCAGCAGAGCUUCGCGCUGUGAAUGUAUCCCUAUGCGGUUAAAUGGUGCCUGACUCGCAGGAAUCUCCUCUGCACAGCAGAAAAGCCUCUGACUGGGAAGGAAAACCAAAGCAGCGCAGCGCGCACAGACGCACGGCGCCUCAUCCAACCAGCGCCAGUCCCACUCAACCGGCGUAAACUACACAUUUAAACCUGUAAAGUGCGUGCAACUGGACGCUCGAGCUCUUUGGAUUCCCGCUCUCUCUCUCUCUCUACUCUUCCUCUGAAGUGGAACUGUAGCAGCGCAGCCGAUAACCGAUGAAUUCCGCGAAGUUAUCAGUUUUAUUUGGAAGUGAGGAGUUCGACAGGAGUGCAGAAAAGCCAAGUGGCGCGGAGUGGAUUACUUCUUCACUAAAGCGCAACGAUGAUGUGAACUUUGCUUCAAACACAGAUUCUCUCUCCGAGCAGCAGUUGUGAACGUUAUUGUGUGUUUUGCUGCGGAGUUCAGGAACUCUCCUCCACCCUGAUCCAUCAGCGGCUCCGCGGCACAAGUUGAGAUUUAGAUGAUUCUAACCGGAUUUACUCCGUGUCCAGCUGCUCGUGAAUGAUGCCUGCCCUCUUGACGGCAGUUUACUGUCUACUGGCAUUUCUACACAUUUCUUCAGGGUCUCGUCUUCGCCAGGAAGACUUCCCUCCCCGCAUCGUGGAGCACCCCUCUGACCUCAUUGUGUCCAAAGGGGAACCAGCCACUCUCAACUGUAAGGCAGAGGGCCGUCCAACCCCCACCGUGGAAUGGUACAAAGAUGGGGAGCGUGUUGAGACGGACCGCGACAACCCCCGCUCCCACCGUAUGCUGCUGCCCAGCGGGUCCCUCUUCUUCCUACGUAUCGUCCACGGGCGACGGAGCAAGCCCGAUGAUGGCAGCUACGUGUGCGUGGCCCGAAACUAUCUGGGCCAGGCGAUCAGUCACAAUGCAUCCCUGGAAGUAGCCAUUUUACGUGACGACUUCAGGCAGAACCCCGUGGAUGUCAUGGUUGCGGUGGGUGAGCCCGCAGUGCUGGAGUGUCAACCACCCCGUGGGCACCCUGAACCCACCAUCUCAUGGAGGAAAGAUGGAGCCAGUUUAGAUGACAGAGAUGAACGCAUCACAAUCCGCAGCGGCAAACUGAUGAUCACCAACACCAGGAAGAGUGACGCAGGGAAAUAUAUCUGCGUCGGGACGAACAUGGUGGGCGAGAGGGAGAGCGAGAUCGCCGAGCUCACCGUGCUGGAGCGCCCGACCUUCGUGAAGCGGCCCAGCAGUGUGGUGGUGUUGGCAGACGAGAGCGUGGAGUUCCACUGUUUGGUUCAAGGAGACCCUGUUCCCACUAUCCGCUGGAGAAAAGACGAUUCUGACCUGCCGAAGGGCAGAUUUGAAAUCCUAGAGGACCAUACCUUGAUUGUUCGCCAAGUGACCUCUUCAGAUGAGGGCUCCUAUACAUGUGUGGUGGAGAACAUGGUUGGGAAGUCUGAAGCAUCCGCCACGCUCACUGUACACGUGCCCCCAGCAUUUGCCAUACGCCCCAGGAACCAGGUGGUGACAGUGGGCAGGACGGUCACCUUCCAGUGUGAAGCCACCGGCAACCCACAGCCGGCUAUCUUCUGGCAGAGGGAGGGCAGUGAGAGUCUCCUGUUCUCUUACCAGCCACCACAGCCCUACAGCCGCCUGUCUGUCUCCCAGAUGGGCAGUUUGACCAUUACUGAUGUUCAGCACUCUGAUGGCGCCUUCUACAGCUGCCAGGCUCUCAACAUCGCUGGCAGUGUUAUUACCAAAGCAUUGCUGGAGGUCACAGACUCCGGGUCAGACCAACCUCCUCCUGUGAUUAGGCAGGGUCCAGUCAACCAGACUGUCCCUGUGGACAGCACAGUAGUGCUGGGGUGCCAGACUGCAGGCCCUCCACCUCCUACAGUCCACUGGAAGAAGGAUGGUGUGCUGGUGUCUCCAGUGGACUCCCGCAUGUCCCUAACUGAUGCAGGAUCACUGGAGAUUCGCUACACUAAGCUGGGAGACACAGGCUUCUACACUUGUGUAGCUUCUAGUCCAAACGGAGAGGCCUCCUGGACAGCAUACCUGCAAGUAGAAGAGUUUGGAGUUGUUGUCCAGUCCAGUCAUCCCACAGAUCCUAACCUGAUUCCCAGUGCUCCGUUUAAACCUGAGGUGACUGACAUCAGCCGCACCUCUGUCACUCUGUCAUGGAAAACCAACCCCAGUGCCGGUGCAACACCUACAUCUUACCUAAUCGAGGCCUUCAGUUAUACACUGGGCAGCAGAUGGGUGACUCUAGCUGAGCAUGUGAAGACACAGACCUUUGUCCUGAGGAACCUGAAGCCUGGAGCUGUCUACCUCUUUAUGAUCAGAGCGGUCAAUGCUUACGGCCUCAGUGACCCCAGUCCGAUCUCUGACUCUGUCAGAACACAGGACAGCACCUCCACCAUGCAGGGAGUGGAUCACCGUCACAUCCAGAGGGAGCUGGGAGAUGUAGUGAUCCACCUGCACACGCCAACUGUCCUGUCGUCUUCUGCUGUCAGGCUGCAGUGGAUGGUCGAGCAGCAGUCCCCAUACAUCCAGGGUUACAAGGUGCUUUACAGGGCGUCCGCUGAGCAUGGGCAGCCUGAGGGGCAGUGGAGUGUCCUGGAGGUACGCAGCCCACGGGAGGACGGGGUGGUGAUCGGUCAGCUGAAGAGAGGCUCCAUCUACGAGUUCAAAGUGCGCCCCUUCUUCGAUGAGUUCCAGGGAGCUGACAGUGAGGUGAAGGUGGUUAGGACAUUGGAAGAAGCUCCCAAUAGAGCACCACAGGGUGUCACAGUGACAAAGAGUAAUGUAAAUGGAACUGCCAUCCUCAUUGCCUGGAAACCGCCUCCAGACCCGGAAGAGGUUGGAGUCAUUCAAGAGUACAAGAUCUGGUGCCUGGGUAAUGAGAGUCGCUAUCACGUGAACCAGUCGGUCGAUGGCUCCACCUUCUCUGUGCUCAUUACCAGUCUGGCACCAGGAAUUCGUUACAGUGUGGAGGUUGCAGGAAGCAACGGAGCUGGACCUGGGGUCAAGAGCGAUGUCACUUUCUUUCAAUUAGACUCAGCAGGCCAGAUGAUGGACAUCAGUGAGGAAAGAGACACGUUGUCUCAGAUCUCAGAUGUGGUGAGACAACCAGCAUUUAUCGCUGGCAUUGGCGCCACCUGCUGGUUGGUCCUCAUGAUUUUCAGUGUGUGGCUCUACCGUCACCGUAAGAAGAGAAGUGGCCUGAGCAGCACGUACACUGGAAUCCGCAAGGUCCCAUCAUUCACCUUUACACCUACAGUUGCGUAUCAAAGAGGAGAGUCUGUGUGCAGUGCUGGCAGACCUGGCCUCCUCACCAUGGGUGAACCUCUAAACCAGCUGUGGCUGCCAGACAAUUGGCCUAAUGCAUGUGCCAAUCACAAGGACUGUAGCAUCAACUGCUGCAAUAAUGGCAACGGCACCAGUGACAGCAACAUGACAACAUACAGCCGACCAGCUGACUGCAUAGCCAACUAUGGAAACCAUCCAGAAAACAAACAGGGGGGGCAGCUCACUUCUGAGGCGGCUAUUUACAGCGAUGUGAACCUCUCCAACAAGCUCAAUGAGAUUAAAACAUUCAACAACUCCAACUUGUGCUAUGCAAGUCCAGGAGGAGAUUCAGCAGCCACAUAUGAGCCCAUCCCAUACGCCACCACGCAGCUCAUUCAGGCCAGCAUCAAGAAUAAGGCGGCCUCUGGGGGCGCCAUAGCAGAGCCUCUGGACAUGCCCUCGUGGAAACAGCCCCCGAACCCUCCUCCCAUACCAAAGGAGAUGGCAGCGCAGAUGCAGUACAACAUAAUUGAGCAAAACAUGCUAAAUAAAGAUCAUCUGCAAGGAAAUGAAGGAAUGAUCCAUCCCAAAACCAUCGCCUACAACCAGACCCGGGAUCACAGCACAGGAGGCUCACACCACAGCUCAGACAGAGGCAGCAACAGCACCUCAGGGAGUCAAAAUCAAAAGAAAGGAACACGGGCCCCGAAGAUGCCAAAACAUAAUGCAGUGAGCUGGGGAGAAGCCCCGUCUCCUCCUCAUGCUAAUGCCUGGGACUGUGAUGAGUAUAGCCUUCCCAUGGAAAGGAGUUUUAACCCAGAGGAGAGAAUAGAAAGCUGUCCUACUCCACCAGUCAGAGGGGCAGCCUCAUCCCCCGCUGAAGUGUCCUAUAGUCACCCACCUGCUACACUACCACAGGGAGACCUGAGCAGCGGCCUGCACAAUGGAGCCGAGCACCUCAGCCAACAUGUCACCGGCCACCCCCGUCCUCCCUCCCCAUCACACACCUACAGCUCCAUACCCCUCUGCAUGGACACUGAUGAACAGGAAGAGGAUGAGGAGGAGGCAGAAGAGGAGACAGACGCAGAGCUCCCUGACAGUCAGUACAGCCAACACCACAACCGGCAGAAGCAUAAACACCAGCUGCACCACCCUUCUCCACACAAGCUGCUCUUCCACGGGCUGGACCAGACCCCAGCCUCCAGCAUCGGGGAUCUGGACAGAUCAGUCACAGGGUCCAUGGUUAACAGCUGGGGCUCAGCAUCUGAGGACAACAUCUCAUCAGGCAGGUCCAGUGUUGUCAGCACCUCAGAAGGAUCCUUCUUUACAGAUGGCGAUUUCAACCAGGCAGUAGCCUCGUCACGGGAUAUCGUAGGCCUGCGCAUGUGCAGAUACCCAGAGGAGUCAGGCCGGCGGCACCAGCGUCCCAGCAGCCCCAUGUCCACAGACAGCAACAUGAGUCCUGCAAUAACACAUAAAAGGCCCAGGAGGCAUAAACAGAACCAGUCUGGUCAACAGGGCUACCAACCCAAAGAUGUCUUCAAUGAUGACACUUGCAUGCCUCUGAAUUUCUCCAGCCAAAUGUCCCAUGGUGACUAUAAAGUGAGGGGGGCCACGCUGCCUCGGAUGGGCUCUGGGGACGCCCGGGGUCGACGCGGCAGCACUGGGACUCACAGGGUGAGGGAGGGCACAUUGGAGCAGAGAGAGAGCCAGGACAAGCACAGGACUCCGCUAGGAGGAAAAGGAAGUAGCAAAAACCGACAGCACUCAGAAUUUGGGGACGUCCUUCUGUACAGUCGUCCCUCUUUCCCAUCAGGUCAAGCUCAGAGGGAGCCUGAAGAUACUAAUUCAUCCAGCUUUAUGUCAUGUGGAGACUCAAGGACCAAACAGGGAGGACAGGUGGAAGAGUUCCUGAAGAGCUAAGAAGCAAUGCGAGCACAAAAGGAAUAUCCUACAGUUGCUUCAGACGAAGGACUCUGACCUUUACGGAAAAAGACUAAAAGAAACUGCACAAUACAUGCUAUCAUUUUCUACUUCACAUUUCUCAUUAGGUGUUGGAAAAAAGAAAAAAAAAGUGCUCUCAUGUUUAAGUCUGUGGACUUCAAUUUGAUGCACUGUUUAUUAUUUGCUUUGCGGGUGACCAGCUCCAGGACUCUGAACCGCUGGUUGCUCAGUGAAGAUGAAUGCACAUUCGAUGGCGGUUGUGAGUGUCUACAAAAAUAUUGUCCAUGACGACUGCUUGAUGCGGUCCAUAUGAUCUUUGCUUGUCAGUUGUCUUCUUAUUUUUACUGUAAUUGAUAUUCUGUCAUUACCAGCCAUCUUGUAAACUGUUGGAAUUGUUUACUGCCACAGAAGUGCUUCAAAUUCAAAUUUUAUAGAACAGUGUUAAUGUUUUAUAAGUGAUGUACAUCUUGUCUUUGUAUUAUUUGUUCUACUUUGGUUAUAAAAGCACAAUCACUUAAUUUUAUUGUAAGUCAUUAUUAUAUGAACUUCAGUCUGGGGGAGAUGAGUCUUUGUAGUCAUUUCAUCAGUUCAGGCUGAGGAGAUGAAUUGUUGAUUGUGGUUGUGCGUUCAGCUGUGUUCAUUUGAGCUGCUUUCAUUCAGAUUUGAACUAUCUGUUGUGUGUACUGAGAGAAUUGCAUGCAGAUUCACCUGUAGGAGGUUUUUCCUUAACACCUUAACUGCUUUGUUCCCCUCUGGGAUGAUGAACAUUCUGGUCAUGGACUGGUUCCAUUUAUUGUUUCUCUCCACUGAGUCCAUUUCAUCGAAAUCUGUGUUCCCUUGACUCUGGCCAUAACUUCUGGAGUAGGGCUGGACAAUGCACCGUAUUUAUUGAAUUACUCAGUAGGAAUUCCAUACCGGCCUAAAUUCACUCACAAAGCAAUUUUCAAGUACAAGAAAGUGAAUAUGAUCAGGCAUUAUGUAUUAUGAAAAUGACUAUUGUUUUUUUUAUCUUUGAAAAGUACAUUGUACAUUGUUAUAUAGAUCUUGGUCAUAUUGUCCAGCCCUAUUCUAUAAGUUAUAUAUGGAACAAAUAUGUCACUUUAACUUCUCUGUUUGAAUAAAUAUUGCUGUUCCUUAAUCAACUACAACAAAUAA